CACGUCAUGUGAAACUGUGCGCUACGUGAUUUCCUCCAUGGCGCACAUCCUAUUGCAAAAUAACGUGAACUGAACGCUGAUGGGAACCACUUUAAACAGUUUAAUUGAAAAACUAUUGGGCUAAAAAACAUUUUUAGUCAGUAAAUUGACAAGAGCUAAACGCCGCCAUUGGUCGCGUCGAAUUUGAAUCGCAGCGGAGGUGUCAUCAUAGCAAAAUGUCAGCAUAUGCUCUAGAUUUUUCCCUCGUCAUCUCUUUUCUAUUGCAAUAGAUGGACUCUGUCAUGAAUUAUGAAAGAUCCAGCGUAGCAAUAUUUCGCAACGAUGGAAGUGGCAUAAAUUAUUGCUGUCAAACGUUAUUUUAUCCUUUGAGCAUCACGUGAGUAAAUUUUGAAACAACUUUCAAAUUUUGUGUCCUUUUGGGGUUGAAGGACUCCAAUAUUUUUCAAUACUAGAAUAAAAUCUUCUAGAUGCAUCAGCAGCCUUGAAUUUUCAACCUAAUUUUCUGACGUAAAUGGAUCCAGGGAUAAUACAUAUGUAGAUGAAUUCUUACACUAUCAUAUGUUGCAAAUCUAUACCAGUGGCAAUUUUUCUCGGGAUGACUACGACUAUGAUCGUGCCAGAAAAAUCAUAAAUUAAAUAUGUUCGCUUGACGCAUUCAAAAUAAUAGUUUUACAAUUUUUGACUUAUUAGCUUUCUAUACCUGAUUUUAUCUUGCGGGAAAAGACAUUGUAAAAUCAGUUGAGUCCAAAAUGCAGCUCGAGAAAGGAUAAUUUUCUUCCAUUCCAUAAGAAAAUUUGUCACAUAAAACUGGUUUGUGCGCAAUGGCAUCGCUAACGAUGACCCCACGUUAAACUCUAAUAGUUUGUAGAAGAAAUAAAUUAAGCAAUGCUAAUUUUAAUUUAGUUCUCACUGCCUAUGUAAUUUAUUUUCAUUGACAGUGACAUCAUCAGCCAGAAUUCGUGAUAAAGGUAUAAUCUAAUGAAUGAGUCAGUAAAUCAUUUUCAUGGACCGCAGAAAAAUAGACAGGUGUGCUGCUGACGCGGAGGAUGCUUUGGCUCGCAUAUAAAACCUCGCAGCCGCUGGUUGCUCAUUCAUUUCUAGCGUAGAACCAAAUGCUACAGUUCAGAAAGAUGCUAGUUCUGCUGUUUAUGCUGACAUCAACUCAGUCGCGGUGGAAACUACUAGUUCAAAAGCUAAAUUACAAGCGGAUAAUUCGAAAAUGGCUAUAAGCAACUACCAAAACAUUAUCAAUGUUUUUGAUGGCUCUAACCCCAACUUUAAAAGACUUGCUGACAAGCAUCAUCUUAAUAAACGAGCCUUUGAUUUGUCCACUGCAACACCUAGGCAGUUCCCAUGGAUGGCUCUCAUCAUUGCUGAAAAUGGUCAAGUUUUUAGCGGAUCCUUAAUAUCGGAUCAGUGGAUUCUCACUUCUGCGUUCUACUGCUCAUUGAAAAAUAAUAUAAUGAAAAACAUAAGCUCUAUAAUCUUGGGUGCCGUCGACUAUUCCUUCAUUCAGCAAUAUACAGCGAUAACAGAAACAUCUAAUUACACUUGCUACGUACACGAGCUUUACGACCCAUAUAAUGUGACAAACGUCCACACCUUAGCUCUGAUCAAAAUGCUACAACCGGUCACUUUUACAGUCAACAUAAUGCCCAUAAAACUUCCUUCUGUAAAUGAUGCCACGAAGGAUUUUACUAAUGUUUUGAUGACACUUUGUGCAUUUAGGCAAAUGAGCUCUUGUUAUACUUUUGACACAUACAGCGAUUCAUUAACCUUCUCUCUGAAGUACAAAGAAUGGCUGGGGGUUAGCCACGUAGAGUGCUCUACAAACUUGCAAAACGUUGCAAUUCAUUUGGUUACUACUCUGCCUGACGCCAAAAUCUGUGCACUAGACAACACCGAUGUAAUCUGUGAUGGUGUUGAAGGUGGUCCUUUAGUCUACAAGAACCAAGAUGGAUCUUGGGUUAUUGCGGGCAUUAACACAUUAGCAAUUCUCAACUGUGAUUACCUUGACGGCAACCUGACAGUCUUUACCCGUGUUAGCUCAAAUCUUGAUUGGAUAUCUUCGAUAACUGGAAUGGCGCUCCCAGUAGGAUCAACUAGCACACCAAAAGCAACCACUGGAAAGCCCUCAACUACCACAAGUACUACUAAACCGACCUCUACUGGAAAAACCACCACGACCACUAAACCAUCGAGUACAAAGAAAACCACCAAGACCACAACCAAGACUAGCACCAAAACCACCACAAAAACCACCACUAAAACCUCCCCGAAAACCUCAACAACUAAGAAAUCUAGCAGCACCACCAAAAAAGCGUCUGGCUAAAAUUUACUUUGAUUUCAUGCUUUGACAUCUGGUAAUGUUUGAAAUAUACGAUCUAUAAAUUGGCAAAAUUUCAACUUUGACAAAAAAAGAGAAUUUUUUUAUCACAUAUAUGUAAUACACGUUGCAAAGUUUUGAAAUAAUUCUAAAGAAA